AUGUCGCAAAUCCCUAUUCCCACCGGUCUUCAAGAGGACUCGUUAGAGCACACAAUCGAAAUUCUCGCCAAGCAAUUCAACGACGAUGCGUUUCAACGCUACAUUCUUUUAGAUGAACUACAAGGAUCAGAAAAAACCGACAUAGGAGUUGAGUUGAAUCAAGAGGUUUUUGGAUUUGUAGUACCGGAUUUCCUCAAGGGCGGAGCAAGGAUGAUCACAAUUCCUGGAAGUGGUGUGGCUAGUGUGUGGCAACUAGAAGAAAUCACAGAAACAUACACCCCGGAGCCGCACAACCCACCCGCUGUGACCGAACUUAACUCACUGGCCCACCACGCAAGGCAGCGCGCUCUACCACCUCAAGCAACUCACGUGCUACAUCUAGUCCUGGUAGCAAAUGACCGCAGUCAUCCUUCCGCUACCACGCCAGCCAAAGUGAGUGAUCUCAUUCGUCCGGUACUUGACAUGGCAAAGGAAAAAGGUUGGCCAGUGGUCUUGGAGUCGACAUCACCCAGGAGUAGGGACGUGUAUGCGCAUUUGGGAUUUCAGAUUCUGGAGGAGAUCACAGUGGGAAAGGGAAAGGUUGAUGGGGAGGGAAGAGGGAAGGAUGGCGGUGAGGGAGUUUUGCUGUGGGCUAUGAUGAAGUGUUAA